AUGACUGCAUCAAAUUGUUUGGUACUUUUCCUUAAUUUGUACCACGGUCUUGUACUGAACACAUCCGGGAGGUGUCUACUCCUGGAGGCUUCCCAUCUGCUCCCAGUGAUAACUAUGAGCAGUGUCAUGAUGCUGGAAAGAUUAGAGAGAGAGAGGAGGUUUAGGGGACAGCAGAAGCAGGUAAUGACACUGAAGAAACAGAAACUAAAGACACAGUCACUUUUGUGUCUAGAGCAGUGGGGUGAUCACCUGAGCCCUGUUUUAAGUAGAGGGUCAAGACAAGGGAGUUCAAACCAUACAAGCAUCAGGAGUGAAAUGAGGAAAGAAAUGACUUGUGUUAUCUUCAAGAUGCUCAGGCUGUAAAACAGAGAGAUGAGGGGAAAAUAAUGAUGGAUGAUGAGGAGGACAUGGGAGGAAAUGCAGAGGCAGGAAAGAGAGGACCCUUAUCUAGAGAAACUCAACUUGAAGAAAGUGUUGAGGAUCGGGACACUGACAGUAAAAAGACCAGAUGAUGUUAGACAGAGGAGGCCACAGGAGGGUCUGGAAGGCGAUGUCACACUUCAAUCCUUGAAGAGAUGAGGAGCAUCAGGACAAUGAAGGUUUAGUGAGACAAAACAUGAUUGAAGACUGGGAAGCAGCAAAGUACCACGGUUUGUUAAACCAGGAGCAACAUGUUACCUGAACAGUGUGCUGCAGGUGCUGUUCAUGACCAAAGACUUCAGAGAAGCUGUGGAAAGGCCCACCAGUGAAACUCCUGGCCCUAUUGAUCAUGAUCUUAAACAACUGUUUGAUGACUUAAAAAGAUACACAGCUUACACCUUUAACAUCACAAAGACGCUGGGGAUCGACAGAGUGUAUGAACAGCGUGAUGCUGCUGAGUACUUUGAGAAGAUUUUAAGUCUGACCAGUCCUGAGGCGUCGCAGAUCUUCGGCGGGCUGUUGACACACAAGAACAUUUGUUCUCAAUGUCGUACAGAGAAAGACAACGAUGAGAGAUUUUGGCAUCUUCUUCUUGCAUUAAUGGAGUCCUGUGGUAAAGAAAACUACAGUGUGGUGAAUGGCAUUGAGGCGUAUUUCAGACCUUCUGUUUUCAGCGGAGAAAACCAGAUGUACUGUGAAGAGUGUGACGCCAAAUCUGAUGCUACUAAUAAAUGUGUCAUAAAGCAUCAUCCAGAGGUUUUGAUGCUGCUGUUGAAGAGGUUUGAGUUUGACUACAGUCACAUGACUUAUGUCAAAGUCAACUGCACUGUGGAUGUUCCCCACACUCUACAGAUACCAGAGAAUCAGACAUAUGAACUGUAUGCAGUUGUGGAUCAUUUAGGAGAUCUUAGAAGUGGAUGUUACACGGCAACAAUCAAGGAUGAUGAGAGCUGGUAUCGAUUCAAUGAUGACAAGGUCACUUUGCUUGAUUACCAGCCGUUCCAGGUGGAUAACUCUGAGAAAUCCAGCAAUGCUUAUCUUCUCUUUUACAGGAAAACUAAUGAAGACAUCUCGGAGGUGUCCACUCCUGGAGGCUUCCCACCUGCUACCAGUGGUAUCUAUGAGCAGUUUGGAGAUGCUGGAAAGAUUAGAGAGAUAGAGGAAGUUGAGGGGGCAGCAGAAGCAGGUAAUGAAAAUGCAGAGGCUGAAGAAAAAGACACAGGAACUAAAGACACAGUCGGUGUUUGGUCUGGAGGAGUGGGACGAUCACCUGAGCCCUGCUUUAAUGUGGAAGGUCAGAACAAGGGAGUUUAUUCCAGGGAGAGUAAACCAUACAAGCAUCAGGAGUGUAAUGAGAAAAGACAUGACUUAAGUAAUCUUCAAGAUGCUCAGGCUGAAAAACAGAAAAUAGUGACAGCUGAUGAGGAGGACAUGGGAGGAAAUGCAGAGGUGGGAAAGAGAGGACCCUUAUCUAGAGAAACUCAAUUUGAAGAAAGUGUCGAGGAUCGAGACACUGACAGUGGAAGACCAGAUGAUGUUAGACAGAGGAGACCAGACAUUAAUCAUGAUUACAAGGAUGAAGAGACUGGAGAUGAUGAACAGUCAGAGAAGAAGGAAGUUGGACAAGAUGAUCCGGGGUGUGAACAAAUAAGCAGAAGCACGAAUACAAAACAUGAGCAACAGGGAAACGAGAAGAUGGAUGUUAAGAGAGUCAAGGAACAAAAGAGCAGAGAUGAUAACGGUCAGGAUGUAGAGGAUCAGAACAAUGAAGGAUUAGACGAGAUUAGACAGAACCAGUCAGAACAGAAAAUCACUGAUACACAUUCAAGACAUAAAGAUGUUUGUGUGGAGAAACAAGCCAAAGAGCAGGACGAUGAACACAUUCAAAACAGAGCAGACUCUUCUGUUAGACAAGCAGGAUCGUCAGGAAGCAGAAACCUGACAGAGAAUCAGGAAGUUAGCAGUGUUGAAAAGAUGAGACAUGGUGAUCCUCAACCAAAGGCAAGAACUGAAUUUCAUGAAGAUACAAGUGAAGGAAGACGUGGUUCAGGGCAAUCAAGAUCAUGUUAUGUGAAGAUAACUGAGGAAGAAUUUGAGGGUGGUAUUCAAAAAAGAAGUGAGACAACAUACAGAAGCAUACAAACUGUAGGAGGAAGCUCCUAAGGCAUUAACAUUUGGGUACAAAAUAAUGACUUUUGCGAUUUAAAACUGAGUGUGUCACCUUCGCCAGAGCCACAGAAAUAUUGGACCAAAGGAGUAAUUAAAAAUGAAUCAAACUGUUCAACGCCAGAAAAAUGCUAAAAGCGUCUGCAGCACAAGAACAAGCUGUUGGAAUGAAACUUGCAUUGAAAAAAAGACGUCAUACAAAAAGAAAAUGGUGGGAUUUCUCCUCCCCACUGAAGCAACACAGAGCGGAAAAAACAAAAGGAAAAAAAACUACUGGGUGUUUUUAUUCUUCUUGUAAAAGACGGAAAAAUGCAGACCGGGCCUCAGAGUCAGAUUAAGAUGAAAUACAUACCUUGUUCAGAAUAAGUCAAAUUGUUCUUUUAUGAGGCUGCUUGUUACUGUGUUGAUGCACAGGAUUGUACUUACAGAUUGAGUAAUUGUAUUACUGAAUAUUUUCCAUUUAAUCUUUUUGGUUAAUGCCAUUUGAGUUUCUUUUUGUACUUUGAUGUUAUUUUGUUUCUUCAGUCUGAUUCAGUUUUUUUUUUUUUUCAGCAGGAUUGAUUUUGUGUAAAUAGCUGCAAAUGUAAAAGGCUUAAUGAGAAUGAGGGUUCAGUCUGUAAGAGAAAGUUACACAAUGGAAACUGACUUUAAUAAAAUCACUUUCACAGAAUGUGAUUUUAUGUUUUGUUUUAUAUUUUGUUUUCGUCUUUUCUUACUUUCUUCAAAUUUACAAUUAUACAGUUGAAUAAUGUCUUAACUGUAUUCAAUUAAUUAAUUUUAUUUAAAAAAUGUUUUGUUAAAUUGUUGAGAGAUAUACUGUAUAAAAAGAUGGCAUUACUGUAACAUCUAAUGUUAUUUCAGACAAAAGAUUGUGUGAGGAUUACAUUAGACUUUAUGUUAAUCACUUUGAACCAAACAAUUGUUUUGUCAUUUCCCUUCAUGUCGUUUACACAAUUCUAGUGGUGAUUUAAAAAUCUAAUAAUAUAUAUUUAAAAAAAAACUAAAUAAAUUCUUGGACACUG